CGGUUCCGGUGUCCCGUCUCCGCCGUGAAGAGCUUUGCAUUGUGGGAAUUCUUUCCUUUCUCGCUCCCCGGCCAUCUUGCCUGCUGCUGUGGGUUGGGGGCCGUCCCGCACCUAAGGCAGGAAGAUGGUGGCCGCAAAGAAGACGAAAAAGUCCCUGGAGUCGAUCAACUCUAGGCUCCAGCUUGUUAUGAAAAGUGGGAAGUAUGUGCUGGGGUACAAGCAGACUCUGAAGAUGAUCAGACAGGGCAAAGCGAAGUUGGUCAUCCUCGCCAACAACUGCCCGGCCUUGAGGAAAUCUGAAAUAGAAUACUAUGCUAUGUUGGCCAAAACUGGAGUCCAUCACUACAGUGGCAAUAAUAUUGAAUUGGGCACAGCAUGUGGAAAAUACUACAGAGUAUGCACACUGGCUAUCAUUGAUCCAGGUGAUUCCGAUAUAAUUAGAAGCAUGCCAGAACAGACUGGAGAGAAGUAAUGAUGCAAAUUUUUUCUUUAAUAAAACUUGCCAGAGCUGGUUUUAAAAAUA